GCCACGUCGUGGAGCAUUGCACCGACAUCGAGGACCGGAUGGUGCAUGCAACAUGCCGCCUAAGAAGAGCUCAAAGUCGGCGAACAGUAGAUCUGAAUCGUCUACGCCUAGGAAGACACCAGCCAGGAAGCGAUCAGGCUCAGAGACCGCUGCACUGUCGGGCAAUCCGGCCACGAUCUUAGAUUACUUCAAGCAGCCUGCUACGCCUGCGUCCAAGACCAGGGAGGCUCGUGAGCACAGCCUUUCUGCUAGUGCUACUCGUACGAGUCGUGCGGCAUCCAAGAAGCCUGCAGGCGAGCUCAGAGCUACCGACCCAGAGCGCGUUGAGAUUGUCUCAGUCACUCCUGCGACGAACGGCGAUGUUCCCGAACCGAUCAAGCUGAAGAGGAAGAGCUCGGUCACACUGGAAGAAGAUGGCCUCAUGUGCAUUGAUGAUACACCCGUCGCUGGCGCGAGCAGACCUGCGAUUUUACAAAGAACCUCGUCGAGCAAUUCGAUGCAAGCCUCGAGUAAGAAAAGCAAGGUGCCCCCGAAGCAGCCAGACGCAGUAGGCGCAUCGGCCGGCACGUCUACAUUCGAUAUGGAUGGCUUCAGCAUGCUAUGGGAUGAAGAGACUAUGCUCAAUGGCGGCAAGGCAAUCGAAUCUGAUGAUGAACAAAGCGAAACCGGCAGCGCGACCGCGACAGAGGACGAAGCAUGGGACUACGAAUCUGGCGAUGAUUUUCGGGAGGAAGGAAUCCACGUCAUGUCCCAGGACCAGCAGCAUGCUGGACUGUUACGCGAGCUACAACGACAAGAGGUCAUUGUACUCGAUGACAGCGACGAUGAGCAAGGCCCGCCGCCAGCAGUCAGGAGUGCGCCAAAGCCUGCCUGUCCAGUGUGCAGCCAGCUAUUCGAAAAUGCGAGCGAAGAGGCACUUCAGCUACACGUCAACUCGUGCGUGGACAGAGCGAGCAUGCGCGAAAGAUCGCGCUCCGUAUCCACAGUGCCUGCGAGGCGCUCAAAGUCUCGGUCGCUCGAGCCGCGCAUUGUGGCAUCCAGAUCAAAGGGCAAAGCGCGUCCAAUGACCAAGCUUAGCGAUUUUCGACACCAGCUUCGGUCGACUUCAAAAGCUCCAAAGCAUGAAAAUGAUCAGCCGCAGAUGACGAAUGCACAACCUGCGCCAAGUGUGUCGAACGGGAUCGCAAGACCAGGCACAGGCAAGCCAAAUGCUUUCACGGCGCUCAUGCUUGGUCAUGCGGAAGACAAAGCAUGGAAGAAGGCAGCUAUAGCAGAGAAGAUGCCCUGGCGCAAAUCGGCUCCUCGACCAUGUCCAUUCUACAAAGUCAUGGAAGGCAUGCCGAUUGCAGUCGACGCGUUUCGUUACGGAGGCAUCAAAGGCAUCAAGGCUUACUUUCUGUCUCAUGCUCAUGCUGAUCACUACACCAAUCUAUCCGGCUCUUGGAAUCAUGGGCCGGUCUACGCUUCGAAGACGACUUGUAACUUGAUUGUUGCUAAUCUUGGCGUCAAGCCCGAAUACGUCCACCCACUGCCUUUCGAUACGCCCACUGUCAUAGCAGGAGUCACGGUCACUCUCAUCGAUGCCAAUCACUGCCCCGGCUCAUGCUUGUUCCUCUUUGAGGCGCCUCAUACCGAUCCCAAAUCGCCGUAUAGCAAGACGCCAUCACGUAUCUUCCGUUAUCUGCAUUGUGGUGAUUUCCGAGCGAGUCCGGUUCACAUUCGUCAUCCUGCGCUGGCUGGCAAGCGGAUAGAUAUCUGCUACCUUGACACGACAUACCUCAAUCCACGCUAUACGUUUCCAGCACAAGAGCAAGUUGUCGAUGCUUGCGCUGCCCUCAUCAAGCAACGCAUUGAUGGAGAUACGACGGCGCUGCGCAAAGGCUAUCAGGGUGGUCAGCAGCGAGCAAAGCAAGAGGUCAAGUUUAAGGACUGGCUGGGUGUGACUGGCGUCAAGACGGAAGUGAAGGAUGAAGUCAAGGAAGAGAUCAAAAACGAGAGUGCUGCCGAUCUGCUCGGUGGUAAUGCAUUCGAUGACGAAGAGGAGAUGGAAGAUUCGAUGCGCGAUCCUGACGAAGACUCUAUGUUCGAUCGCGAAGACUCGCAAGCGCCGCAAAUAGACGAAGAAGAGGACGAGGAAGCAGAUACUCUGGUCGAUAGUCCUUCUGUCAAUGCGCGGGCGGACUUUAUCAGUCAUAGUCCUGGCCAUGAGACCUUGCCAGACCUGCCAACGGUCAAGGAAGAGCUCGAGCCAUCCACGAUAACUUCAGAGGUAAUCAAUUCCGUCCGGGAUCAUGACGAAGAUAGCAAAGUAGACGACAAACAGGCGAUGAAGACCGAUCCGGACGUCAAGCCAUCGAAACGAGAGCAUAUCCUCGUGCUAGUCGGCACAUACUCCGUGGGGAAAGAGAAAAUUUUCAAAGGUAUUGCACAGGCCCUCGGCUCCAAGGUCUACGCAAACGAACAGAAGCACAAGCUCUUCUCGUGCAUGGAUGAUCCUGAGCUCCAUGCGAUGCUCACAAAAGACCCUUUCGAGGCGCAAGUUCACGUGACGAACCUGUUUGCCAUCAAGCGCGAAACACUCGAGGAAUAUCUAGAGCAAUUCAGUCGCUACUUCACCAAGAUCAUUGGUAUUCGCGGCACAGGAUGGACAUUCAGGCCUGAUGCGACGGAAGAAAAGAUGCCUUCCGUCGCGCGGGUCGUCGCGAAAGGCUCGAUGCCCUUUACACCGGCAUACCUCUAUCCGCAACGCGAUUCGACGGAACGUUACCAGGCUUAUGGCGUGCCUUACAGCGAGCAUUCAAGCUUCUACGAGCUGACCUGUUUCGCACUUUCUCUCAAUUAUACCCGCAUCAUUGCCACCGUCAACGUUCACAAUGCGACUUCAAGAGCCAAGAUGAAGCAGUGGACGGAACGGUGGGCGACAGAGAAGAAGCGACGGAAAGAAGUGGGCGAGCCGGACGUGGUACCUUCGCGCACAGACUACUACUGGUAGUAUUCCGAGACGUGUUUGUUGACAUUACUAUGCAUGAGAUGUGCCUC